GACGUCGAAAACGAAAAUUGACAUAUAUUGAUAGGAAAUUAAAUAAACUAAAUAACUUUUAACCAGCCAAAGCUAUAUAAAAUAAAUGUUUUCGGUUUUGAAUAAUUCAUCUUAAGUGUACUGUUUAGUUGUAGGUUUUUUGAGUGGAUCAUGAAUUUAAAUGCAGAUAUAUCCAGUGCGUUACAGCUAUUAGAAGAUAUUAAAGAGGGAGUCGGUGAUCUUGGCGACCCAAAAUUGCAAAUGAAUACUUACCAAGACCUGAAAGCCUUAUUAUCAAUUUUGGAAAAUCCAGUAUUUCGAAGCAUUGUUACCGUUCAAGACUCUUUGAGUGAACUAAAUCAACAAUUAGGACAACACCCAUCAAUCUUGCCUGUGGAUUUUGAUAUCACUUCUGCAGGUGAAUUAGUUCUUAAUGUACCACCCGCUGGAGAACUAUAUGACUCUGAAUACAAUGAUUAUACAUCAAGAGACUUUGAUGAGCAAAGAGUCCCAUGUCCACCUAUAUCUCCAAGUUCGCCCCAAAAUUUGGCUUUUACUGCAUCAAAUAACAAGAUUAUAGCAUUACUUAAUGGCCAAAAACUCAAUGGUGCAGUAAAUCCAGAGACACUAAGAUUACUGCAAGGAAAUAGUAGUUUUAAUCCUCACGAUGAAGACAUCAUUCACAGGUCACCAUCUGUUGGUAGUGAUACAUCCAAGGCAGGGUCUGAUAAUCUGCCUAGUAGUGAAUUGUCUCAAGUAGAAAGCAUAAACUUGAUAAACGAUGGUACUGGAUUAGGCUUUGGGAUAGUUGGGAUGCGGAAUAUGGGCGUAGUUGUCAAGACUAUUUUACCAGGUGGUGUUGCUGAUAGAGAUGGGAGGUUACAGAGUGGCGACCACAUCCUUCAGAUCGGCGAUGUGAAUUUACAUGAAAUGAAUUCAGAACAAGUGGCGACCGUUUUGAGACAAUCUGGUACGCAUGUGCGCUUGAUUGUGGCUCGUCCUAUCGAAUUGUCUUCCCCUGAGUACAAAUAUCUCGGAAGUUCUGCUCCUAUAGUGCCUACAAAACUCUUACAUGACGUGAAUGAACUUGAUAAAUAUUUAAUUCAGCAUAAAUACCCUCCUGUGUUCAGGAAAGACUCUGACACAUUUUCAACAGAAUUGGCAAAAUCAUAUAGGCUCUCUCGAAUUCCUGCUUCGCCUUCUUUACCUCUCCUAAACCUUGAUGUUUCAGUAAAAAUGCCUGAAAUGGAGAAAUUUGUUGUUGAAUUGAAAAAGGAUACUAAUGGUUUAGGUAUAACUAUUGCGGGAUACGUAUGUGAAAAGGAGGAAUUAUCUGGGAUAUUUGUAAAGAGUGUUAGCAAAGACAGUGCUGCGGAUUUGAGCGGAAAAAUUAAAGUUAACGACAGAAUUGUGGAAGUAGAUGGCCAGAGCUUGCAGGGCUAUUCAAAUAUACAAGCUGUAGAAGUAUUGAGGAAUUGUGGCAAUGCUGUAAAGUUGUGCUUGGAACGAUAUCUUCAUGGACCUAAGUUUGAGCAGCUUCAGCAAGCUAUAGCAGCGAGUGAAACAAAGCCUCCAUCACCAUUAACUUCACCACGAUAUCCUAAAGACGAAGGACUUUCUAACACAAGCCGAGACAUUUUUAGCGACUUUAUUAAAAAAGAAGACCCUCCUGCACUUUCAAAUGAAGAAUUGACAACGAAAUGGUUUCAAAUGAUGGGGCCUGAUGUUGAAAUCGUCAUAGCUAGGCUGAAAAAAUUUGGAGAUAAAGGAGGCUUGGGUAUUAGCUUAGAAGGCACUGUUGAUGUUGAAGAUGGCCGCGAAGUAAGACCUCACCAUUACAUUCGUUCAAUUCUCCCUGAAGGUCCCGUCGGAAAAAAUGGGAUCCUCAAAUCAGGCGAUGAGCUUCUGGAAGUAAACGGUUAUCAACUUCUUGGAAUGAACCAUCAUGAAGUUGUCAGUAUUCUGAAGGAAUUGCCAUUGGAUGUUUGUAUGGUUUGCGGAAGGAGUUCAAGGAAUAUUUUCAGAGAAGAAACAUAUCCGGAAAGAAGUGUGUUAACUCGAAGCCUUAACAAUCUUUUUCCUGCAUCAGAUAGACUAGUAAAGGCAAAAUCUGAUGGCUCAUUAGCAAGUAGUAUAGCAGUUGCUGGAUCAACAGAGCCAACUUUCUCAAAAAUGAAAUCGCGAAGCUUGGAGCCACUCACUGGCCUAGCUAUGUGGAGUUCAGAGCCUCAAAUAAUUGAAUUAGUAAAAGGAGAGAGGGGUUUAGGGUUUUCCAUCCUAGAUUAUCAAGACCCAAUUGAUCCUAAUGACACAGUCAUAGUAAUAAGGAGUCUGGUUCCUGGAGGAGUUGCUCAACUGGAUGGACGUCUGAUUCCUGGUGAUCGUUUAUUGUUUGUUAAUGAUACGGUACUAGAAAAUGCAUCUUUAGACCAAGCGGUACAAGCUUUAAAGGGAGCCCCUAAAGGAAUUGUUCGGAUAGGCGUUGCUAAACCAUUACCUAUUCCUGAUACUGGUGCACAUGGAUCUUUAAUCGAUGUUGAUCCUGAUCGAUAUCUUAUUACAGAUUCAUUUAAUUAGUUAAAUGAAAAUCCUGUAUUUUAGAAAAUAUUUUUUUACAAAUAUAUAUAUUAUUUUUGGUGAGUAGGAUGACAUACAUAUUGCUUGAUAUUCUAGAAUUUACAUGGGCGAAGGGCAACUAAUCGACCUUGUGCUAUCUAAAUCGUGCAAUUUCUAUAUGAUUAACAUUUUUUUGUGUGGUGGUUUUACAUAACUCUUCCAACUUGGUCAUUAAAUUGCUAAUUCUUUUCCACAUUUCCUUUAGGCACACUUAUUCUGUACUGAAUCAGGAAUUUUGAAUCAUAUCCGCAAUUUUCUUGGAAGAAUGCGUUGUGGCAACAUAAUGAUUUAAUCGAUAUAAUUUUAAAACAUAGUAAGGUCGAAUAAGCCUUCAUACCUUAAAUAAAUAUACUUUAGGACAGAGGGGCUCCCUAGUAGAUGUAUUUAAAGGCAUUGGCUAUUGUAGUUAAAUUUAGCCCAAAGCCUACUAAUAAAAUUGGAAAUUUUUUCAUAUUUUAUAUUUACCUUGCAUUUUGCACAUAUUAGGAUCCAAUAAUUUAAUUUAUAUGACCAUUAAUUACUCGUUAUUUUUAUUUAAAGGCCUAGAAAUCAAUCACUGCCUUAGCUGAGAAUCUUAAAAUUCUAUUUCGUUGCUUUAUUGCUAUUUUGGUGUUAAAUAAGGAGUGUCGUAAAUUAUAAGAUUUUUAUACAAUAUAUAUAUCGCAAUAAUUACAAAACUGCAGCAAUAUUCAACCUAUUUUGUAUAAUCGGCAGCUAUGUAUUCGUAGUCACUAGUAAUGAGACCAGCUCAUUAUUUCCUGAUAAAGCUAUUGCUUAAAUGCUUAAAGGAAAUUAUAAAUUAAACUGCUACCUGUAUGUGUUCUCAAUUACCAUGUAUUAAUCAUAUUAUGGAAUUAACAAGAAUAAUUUUAUAUGAUAUUUUAAAACAGAACUUUUUCUGGCUAUAGUAUUUGUAAACUAUUUAAUACUUUCUUCAUUCAUAUCAAGAUAUUAAAUAUAUACACUUGUAUUAUCUGAAAUUCUUUGGUAUAUAUCCGCCUUAGCGUAGGUUUUUCUUAGAGGUCAUGUAGCUAAUAUUAGAGCCAAUGCCUUUGCAAAUGUGGUAUUAUAUACUAGUUAAAAAAAACAAACCAUAUAUUAUGUAAAGCACAAUAUGCCACUUUAUAGAAUACGAUAUUGUCGAUUCAAUAAGGAAGGGCGGUGGUUAGUUAAAUAUAUUUAUAGUAAUUUGAAGGAAAGGAUUUCUUUUUCCUUGAUGUAUUGCGAACAAUUCUUGAAAGCGUUAUCUAUUUUAUAUUUUAGCAAAACCCGCCUCUGUUCCUUAUUGUAGCCGUAACAUUUGUUUACUCUGACUCGAAUCUUAAAACGCAUUCUGUUAACCGACAGAUAUUACAAUAUUUUAAAUGUCGUUAUUAUAAAAUGCAGUUGGCAUACUUAUUAACUGCAUUUAAUAAUAUGAUUUUAUAAUUUCCCUUUGAAGGCAUAUAUCGCAAAAUUGUGAUAAAAUGAUAAUAGGAAUAAAUUACGAUAUUGUAAUAAAAAUGUUAUUGUUACUAAAUCUUUUAGCAAUAAAACAUUUGUAUAGAUUUACUCAAUAAAUAAAUUUUAAAGGA